UCGAGUUGGCAUAUAUAGCAGUCGCUUGUAUACAUAUCUAGACGUAAUUUUGUAGUUUCAGUGGUUUAGACAAAAUUCGAGUGGACGCAACAGAGUUUAAAGGAAACCAAGACCUUGGAAUCUGUUUGAUCCGUUUGCAAUUUACGUCGUUUAGUGGUUGAGUUUCAGCUUGUUUCACACGUGACACUGAUUCAAAAUGAGAUUUGAUUAUAUAGUUGUAGUUUCUGUAUUUAUGAUGCUGUUUUUAGUUGAAAAAAAUGCAGGAUGUAGUUGUAGUUAUUGUGAAGAUAUUGCUCUUGUUAUUGGUAAUGACAAGGAAAAUAAUUCAUCAAAUGAAAAUUUAAUAAUGCGUGAAGAUUUUGAUCGAGAUGGAAGUCGUACAAUAUGUGCUCGUGAUCGUGAUCAUGAAGAUCAAACAUUUCCAAGUAUUUGUCAUAUGAUGUGUUACAAUCGUUGUCCAGAAUUUCAUCGAAAAAAUGAUAAUGGAAUUGAUCGUGUUUUUAUUUAUAAAACAAAUUAUUAUAAACUUCAUGAUGGACCAUGUCCAAAACGUAUGAAGAAAAUUUAAAUAUUUUUUUCUUUUCAAUUUUCUCAACAAUAAUAUUUUAAAUAACAAAAAUUUUUAAAUAAAAUAUUAAUAAUAUUGUUAAAUUUUUCUCAACAAGCUGAUGAAUAUUAAUUUUUAUUUUCUACAUGAAAUAAUUUUAAUUCAUAAAUAAAUAUAUUUGUUAAACGUUUAAGUGUACACUGCAAUUGAUAUGAAUAUAAUUUUAUCUAUAAAAAAAAAAAAAAAAA